UUUUUGUAUUUUGAAUUCAGUUUGCUUCAGAUAAGCGGAAACGGUGAAGUUUGGCUUUUUUUCUCGCUUUUCCUUUCAGUGUAUUCAACCUAGGACAUUUUAAUGCUAAAUACAGACAACUAUUAUACACUGUAAAACUGCGUAUUUUCUUUCUAUUCGAAAGCCGUUUUGCAAGAAAAACAGAACACAGAAUGCGUUCAUUUGACAGUCCUGCUUGGCCUGCCCACCUAAGUUCUGUUGGUCCCGCUAAAAAAACAUUACUCGCGCGUCCUCCAAUCUCUUGCCUCACUCCCUCCCAGAAUUCUGCUGGCUAUUGCGCAUGCGUUUUAGAAUCAUUGCAAAUGGCGGCACUUGUUAUUGUUCCAUGGCGUUUGUGAUACAUGGGAAUUUAUAACGAUUUUUGGACACCUCCAAAGGUGUGCGUCUGAUGGAUGGCGCGAUGGGCUUGGAGGAGGAAGUCGUGGAAGCUGUGCUAACCUGUGAGGGUGACUUCCACGACCCUGAACUACUCAACAGAAUAGAAAGAUUCCGGCAUCGACUGAAAGACUUGUUGCUCACUGAAAAGAGGAAGCUGCAAGUCAAGAAAAUAGAACCAUGGAAUAGUGUGAAGGUCACUUUCACCAUCCCAAGAGAGGCAGCCCUGAGACUCCGGCAGCUAGCUCAGACUGGAAAUGACACGCUACGACAGAUGGGCGUGCUUUCUGUCCAGAUUCAAGGAGAUUCCCAAAUAUCGCUCACCUUCGCUGGUGGCAAUAAUGAACCAACGCAAGUUGUCUUGCGUACAUCUCCAACUGUGCAAGCAGCAAGUUCCUCCCUACCGUUUAGCUCGGCAGGUGCGGCAGAAUCUGGUCGGGCCAGCUCAGAUGAACUGGGAUCUUCCCCGGGUCCUAGCAACGAGGAGGUGACGAGGAAGAACAUUGCAAAGUACUUGCGGGAUGGCCCACAUGUAAGGCGGAAUGCUGCUAUCUUUGACAAAGUCUUAGUGGCCGGAGCUGCACGCCAGCUACCACCAGCUGUUGCAGUUCAAGGCUUGGGUCUGGGUGCUCCCCCAACCUCAGACCCUGUCCCUGGUCCCUCAAACAUCAACCCACCUUUUCGGCCCAACAACGUUGUUGCCGGCAUGGCAGCGCUGCCGAGUCAGAGACCCAGAGGAUCUCAAAUCAACAGCAGUUUUUCAUUCUCAAAAAGCUCGGGGGCGUUCCAUCCACCUCGUCCUCGCCUUCCCUCUGCUGGUCAGAGCACAAACAUCACAACUUCCUCUCCUCAUAUGCAGUUGGUAAACACUCCGCCGUUUGGGGUGCUGGGCUCAGCAUCGCAGUCUGCAGCAUUUGCCAGUUCUCCGUUGGACAUUGUCAACGUUGGCACCAUUCCUCACAGCUCAGCCUCAAACGUUCAUAACUUUAACCCUGGUGGGCCCAUGCGCUUGUCACCCGUCUCCUCGGGGGCAAUGAUCAACCCUUCUGUGGUUCGAGGACCUCCCUCUAGCUCCCCGUCAUCCAGUUUCAUUAUGGAUUUGCCCCCACCUCCUCCCUACCCCCACGCUACAGGGAAUACGCCUAGACCAGGCAAACAAGUUACCGCAUCCAGUCCUCUCUUGGUGAACUUGUUGCAAACAGACCCCUUAGCUGUGGGGGCGGGAAUGGCCAGUGGGAACCCCAACAAACCCAUAAGUGCGGGGGAUUCAAACGGUGGUGCCCCACCCAAGAAAAAGAGACGGCCACCAAAGAAGGAUGGAAUUGUGAAACCCCAACCUGUGAAUGCUGUAAUGCUGAGUGGUGCAAACAGGCCCGGUAUGUUUGUGGAUAUUCCAUCAGUAGGUAGGGUUGCGGAAGACAUUGGGCUGGGAUUACCGGGAGCUGGACCCGUUCGGGAUUCUUUUUCUGUAGAUUUAGUGCAGUCUAGGGUUGAUGGUGUUCCUGUUGGCCAUAUACCGGAUUCAUUUAUACCCAACUUGCGUCCAGAUAGCAAACAUUUUUCAGCAGACCGUCCCUUUAUUGAAAGUCGAGUGGACCUUCCUCCCUCUACUGGACUGAAAUCAGAUACCAGUGUUAGAAGUGCAAUAGGACCAGGGAUUGUCAGCUCUACCAUUUCUAAUACAGAUGGACAGGAUAACCUCUCUAAAGAUGGUGACCCAUUCAGUCUGGAAAUUGCUGCAGGCAAAAUCAUAAACCCUUAUACUGGUAAGUUAGAACCAAGAGACAGUGUUCCAGAAAGGACUCAUGCAAGGCUCAUUUCUCAGGAAGAUAACAUUGCCACGCAUAUGUUGGCGAAGAAAGCAAAGGAGUUGGGCGAGUUGAGUAAGAAGAGUGUGCCUAUUUCUGCCAGCCCCGUGUUAGACAUGAAUGUUAUUCGACCAUUUCCUUCCUCUGUUAGUGUUACUGCUUCUACUGCUGCUGUCAGCUCAGGUGGGCCAUCACAGGCACCAGGUGAGAGGCUUGUAUCCUCUGUACCCAGCCAUCGUCGCAAUCUGAUUAGCGAUGGUUCGCAUGUGGAAGGGAGAGAUGGAUCUGCUCAGUCCAAUAUCUAUGCAGCGACUUCAAAUCUGUGGCAGGAAGUUGUUGGCAACGGCACAGCAACGACCAUUUCCUUGCCCCAUUCCUUACCAGGCUCUCUACCUCAGAGGGUACCAGCCAACAGCAGCAGCCUUCCCUCAAAUAAGAGUUUUGUUCCAGGCCUUGUGACUGUGAAUGGACCUGUUCCUGGAGCUGCAAUGCUCAAGCACAACGUGAUGUUGCAACAACACCAACACCGGAGCAUCGCUAACCCCUCCUUGCCAGAGCACUCCAACCCCUCAGGAUCUGUGAUUUACUCAAGUGUGACUGUCCCCAGUUCUUCGUCUGCACCGCCUCAUUCACACUCCUCCCACCGCAGUAGUGGUGCAGGUGGCCAACUACAGAGUCAACAACAUUCAUCACAGAUGACUGUGACAUCAUCUAGUGUUGCAGCUGUGAACUCCUCCUCCUCCUCCUCUUCAUUACAUCAGGCUGGUUCCAGGGCCCAACGUCCAGUUCCUCAUUCCUUAGCUCCUCAUCUCAGGGGAGGAGGACCGUCAUUAUCCACAUUAUCCUCCUCAUCCUCAUCAAUGGUCCAAAUCUCAGAACGUUUGAAAUCUGAUUCAAAUCACACCUCCUCCUCCUCCUCCAAUCAGCAGAAUCAGGCAGCAAGCUCGGAAGUAGUUGGCGGUGGCUGUUUUGCUGCCAAGACUAGUUCUCCAAAUUUGCUCAAUUCUUUACCUGACAAAAACAUAGACUCUCAGAGCAGUACGGAGAGCCCUCCUGAAAACAAGCUGUCCUCGGAAGGUGAUGAGAAUUCAAAUCACAGCGUGACAAACACAGACAAUCUGCCUGAGAGUUCUGGUACGGCUGCACUGUUGGAGCACUCAGGGGUGAAGUCUGAGAAUCAUGACUCUGGUAUCGGCAGUUCUUCCGAAAGGUCGGACGACACACCCUCUGAGCCUGGUGACGGCGAAUUCAGGUCGGCACCCACGGGGACAGAGACAGAUGAAGCGUCUGGGAACAAAGCAGUUUCCUCUCAGAAAGUGGCAAAUUGCAAACUGGAUAGCAAACUGGACUCUUCUGCGAACACCAUCACAGUAGGUUAUAUGAUGAGCCCAGGAGACAUUGGCUCACAGGCAAAGCCGUCUUUUGUGAAAGAUUCAAGUCAGGCUGUGAAACCUCAAAGGACGUCUGCUUCAUCACCAAAUUCUGAAGUGUCUAGUUUUCUCGAUAGUCACCUAAAAUCAGUAGAAAAGUCAGAGUUCCUAACGGGGACCCACACUGUGGCAUCUGUCACCUGGAGUAAAGAGCCAGGAAAGCUUCAGUCUCAUCCUGGGUUUUCAGGACUAGCAAAGCAGAAUGGACCUGUCUUAGAAGAUUUGAAUUAUUUUCCAACCAUGAAGAUGAAUGGUCCAUCAUCACACAACAGGAUAGAGAAAAUGAUCAUGGACAUAAAUGAUUUACAACAGAAGAGAAAGAUAUCAGCAAAACAUAAUGCCAUCAACAAAGGUCUCACCUCACAAGACAUCCCUCAUGAGCAUAUGAAGCUGCAAGCUGAGGUUUUUGAGAAAAUGGCCAAGUUACAUCAGCUUGGAGAAUGUUCCAAAGAUGAUAGUGAGCUGGUAGGGAGCAAGCCCAACAGCUUUGACAAGUCCGACUCUCCCGAUGCCUUAGCUCAGAGAAUCCACCAGAUGUCGGAUGAGAGGCCAGACCACUUGUCUAUAUAUGAGGUGGAAGAAUUCGUUAACGGCAAGAUGGCAAACAGCAACGGUGGGGAAGGAAAGGGAGGAAGCAACAUCACCUCCAUCUAUUCCAAGCGCUCGUCCCCUGUGAAUGUGAACAUGUUGAACCACAUCUACGCCCCUGGUCUCCCACUGCCGCGGCGGCUCACCGAGUCUGUUCAGCGACUGGUCAAGCCACUCCCAGCCUCAGAGAGUUCAAUGCCGCAAGUGAGGCCGUGUAAAUCUCCGGGUUCGGGUGGAUCUCCGAGGGCUGGCACGACCAGCAACGGGCAGAGCCUGUCGUCCCCUCGCCUCUCGCAGCAGAGUGGGGCUCGCUCCCCUGGAGCCAGCAUGCCCAAACUCAUACCCAGCGACCGACACUCGUUACUAUCGGGGGGCUUGGAUCUGGCCGGUCUGCAGUUCCCUUCAUCUUCUCAGUCCCAUGACCAGGCAGGUGUUGGUGCACUGGUGAAUUGUAAGAAGGCAGGGCCUCUCUCUUCUACAGCAGACAUCUUAUUGAGAGAUCCACACCUCCUGUCCGUAUCCCUGCCCACUAAUCAACACUCUCCCCCUAACUUAUUUGAUGGACAGACGGUGCCCAAUAUGCACUCUAGCAAGAUGCUGUCCCAGAGUUUCCCUCCCCACAAAUCUCGAGACCUCAUGGCCAGCGGAGCUCACAUGAGCAAUGAGUUGUUGGUUAGUCUGCAUCAGCACUAUGCUAGCUUAGAAAUGAAGAACUCCUCUCCCACAUUUCUGAACAGUCAGCUCCUAAAAUCUGGUAGUGAUUUGGGCAAGACCAGCAGCCAGGAACUGAGAAAUGCGAUAGCAAAUUUAAUUUCUGAUCAGCCUAGCAGUUCCUCCCAGAAUACUGUUCUAGGGACGUCUUUGUCUGACUCAACGACAGUGACUAGUCAGGCCCGACUGCACUCGUCCUCCCCUGCUAGUGUAACUGUUGAGAAUAGUUUUACUACAAACACGGACAUGCCCACUCAUUCCAGUAGCAAUAACGUGGAAGCCGCAGACAUGCACCCCUCUACCCAUUCCAGCACUUUGUCGCCCGUGAUGCCUGUGUUGCAGAGAGGGCUAGAACCUCCUCUCUUGGCCCAAAGCAUCAACCCACCUCCAACCUCUAGUCAGCCCUCCGCCUCCUCAUCCUCUUCUUCCUCCGGUGGCCCCAGCUCCUUUCCCUCCCAGAAUGAGAUCUCACUCAGCAGUAGCAGCAGUAGUAGUAUACCUCCCCUGUUAGCCAGUUCACACAACGCCGCUGCCACUACCACCACGCCAGUGUCAAACAAGUAUGUGCCUUAUUCUUUAAGCUCUGUUAUCAGCUGCUCCUCUGGCCUGGAGACUGUCACGUUACGGUCUUCUCCUGCAGUGUCAUUGGCGACAUCAGGCCCACCACUACCACCCUCAGUGCUAGAAAUACCCUCUUCCUCCUCCACCGCCGGCCCAACAGCAGCAGCAGUAAAAUCCAACUCUUCAGUGGCAGCUACGACUAGUCUAGCAGCCCUCCCAGCUCCCAACAGGUCCUUGUCACCCCCGAAACUGCACAAGAGUCCUAUCACCAUUGGUAAUGUGCCCUUGCCAGCAUCCCCUCGGUCAGGUGGUCCACCAAUUCACAACCGCAAUAUCUUUGAGAGUGUCACAGGGUCCAUGAGCCACAUUCAUCAGCCGUUUCCGAUUUCUUGUUCUGUGGGGGAGACGAACCCACAAAGCAACUCAGUAGAGAAGAGCUCGGUGAACCUAGAUGUCCCCUCGUACACUAGGGGAGGGACUGGUCAUAAUAAUCAAAGUGAUUCAGUUGGUACAGUAUUAUUUUCAAGUGAGAGUACUAGUGAUAAGACAAGCCUGUUCAAUGUUUCACUGGAUAUGCCUCCGGACUGCAACAACGUUAGUAUUGGUGGUCGGUCUGAGACAGCCAACAUUACCUCCAUACAGACUGCUGUUGAGCCCCCGAAAUCAGAAUCAAUUUCUACAGAGGUUGUAAAUCUGGACUUUUCACUGUCUCAGCUUCCACCGCCACUAAGUACUGUUGGCUCAAUAGUGCAGAGAAACGGCUGUCUGACCAACCCCACCAGGUCAGGGUUGUCGCCGCCUUUGCUGGGGUCAAGUCUUUCGCAAAUGCCUUCAGUGAACUCGUUAUCUACCUCACCUCUGUCAUUGUCAGCCUCUAGAGCAGUGCCGUCUUCGGCCUCUGCCAUCGACUCUGUUGUGGAGACCAUCGCUUCUGUGGCAGCUGGCAGGGACGACUCUUCGUCUCAUAGACCCCUUCCUUCAUUGCCCACUACUCCCCAUAACUCCUCUGUUGCUACCAUUUCUUCUCCCAUGAAAGAACCUGUUCUCGCAACCAUGGCAUCUAGUUUAGGCUCACCUUUUAGAAGUACGAAAACUAUGUUAACAAAAUCUCUUGUAAAAACGAAACGGACAGACACUGAAUUGUCAUCAAAGGAAGACCGAGGAGAGCUUAGUGGGGAAAAUAAAAUGGUUACAAUUCAGAGCAGCUCCCUAAAGGAUGUUGAUUUUAAUGACUCUGCAAACACUCUUUCUGUAGACAGUUUAGGCAAGAGAGCCACCAGGAAAAGAAAGCUCACUGGUGACUCUAAGGAAGGAGAAGGAGAGUCUACGAUGCUAAGUGGUGCGACAACUUUGAAACAACAGCGUGUAGGUCACUCACCGACAGCAGCUAAGCAAUUUCCAAAAGCACCUGAGAGUGUUGACAACAAGGGAAUACCGGCGGCCAAAUUAACGCUAAAUGAUGCACCAUCGGCGCAGAUAAACACGGAAAAGAGCGGGGACACAUCGUCAAUCUCUCAGGUGUCCCCUUCUGUGAAUGUGAAUAUGGAAGAACAGCCUUCUAACAAAGGAGACCAGUUGCCCGCAGCUGUUGCCUCUGAUGCAGAAGAUAAAUCAUUCACUGCUUCCAAAGAGGAAAAAUCCCACCGAAGUGCUGCUAUAGCCCCGUCGAUUCCACCUGAGGAGCCCCCGAGAGAAGUGCAUUCUCAGGGGGUCUCAGGAAGUGAUAGCAGCAAAGAUGUUGGCCCGAAAGAGAACAGGCUAUAUCGGACAGUGACAUUGCCUUCAUCUCAUGAGAGUAAAGAGGUCAGGCAUAGGACACCUUCUUCCCACUCAGCUUCCGGUGAUGAAAAGGAAUCUGUGCGGUCUCGCAGUGUCUCCGGGGAGGAAAAAGAGAGCCAUAGCUCCCACCGAGCCUCGUCUGCUUCUUCUGAUGAUCAUGCUGAUGCUGGCCACAAGGACGGGGCAAAAGUUCAUCGCAGCACUGGGAAAGUUAUAGAGGAGGUUGAUGGGAAUUCUAAAGAAAAGGCAGCCAAAGUGGGUGCGGGGGAAGAUGCAGCCAAGGAACGGGUGAAGGCUGGGAAAGAUGCAGCUUUUGAGAAAGGUCUCAUACCUCAAGACAAGGUUGGUGCAGCUGAUGCCAGGGCUGAUGUGGAUGGAGGAAAAAAGACCCAAAGAGUGAAACGCCAGUUCUAUGCCUAUGUCCCGGAAAAGUCCAUUGACCAGAGAUAUUACCUUCGUUCCUAUACUCCAGCCUACUUUGACACCCCGAUCCUGAGUGGGCGGACGCGCAGCAAGAACACCAAGACCAAGCCGUCGGACGCUCCACACCUGCCUGAACCUGCCCCAGCCACUCAGACUCCAGUGAGCACCACAGGACCGUUGCCUGUCUCUGGGGAUUCAGCUGGACAUAAUAACGUUUCUGGGCCGCAGCCGGCAGCUGGGGUCAAAACAGAUGGGAGCUCUAUGGACUCUGGCUCAGGAAAGAGGUCCACUCGGUCACUCCGCGUUAAAGAAAAUGUAACAGAUCAGAGUGCCAGCAAGCGCCGGCGUGGGAAUCAACGUGAACAGAGAUAGCACACGGGUGACAGCAACUAGCAUAAAUCUAGUAUAGUUAGAUUUUCUUUUGGUUGAUUGAGUUGAUUUUUAAAAAAAAAGUACUAAAGGUGUAGUUAAAUGUGUGUGUGUGGGUGUGCGUUUGAUGUGGCAUCAAUGUGCCAGUUGAGGAAGCUAUUAUUUUCGUCUGAAGGUGAUGAAAGUUUUUCCUGUUUUAAAAGUUAAAAUUAAAGGUCUUCUGAGAGAUUUCAGCCUAAAGGGUGCUGCACAAAGAUUUGGUUGUCAAUUAUUUUGUUUUACCAUUUAUAGAACAAAUGGAUCAAGCAACUAAUGUUUGAAAACAGGAAGCUCACAAGGUACAAAAUUUUAAUAGUCCGUAUUUUUAUGCAGUGAUUUCGACCGUGUUAUUUUUUAACCAAUGAUGGCUAAUUCUUUGUGUCUGGAACCGGCGUUGAUAAAAAUACUAACAUAUUUUAAUCUGAACACUUUGCCCACUCGGGCUACGCUUAAAAAAUGGCAUUUGAGUAUGUGAUGUCCUUCCUUUCUCGUCUAGAUUUUAUUGUAAUUAACACUUAGUCUACACAGGCCAAUUCGACCUCUUUAUGCAUUCUUUUUUUUGUGAUUUUUAAGGGUCUAUAGUUAAGUGAAUAUAGUUUUCCUUUCAGGCCUGUAUAAAUGAAUAACCCCUAACAAUUUUUCAGAAAUAAAUACGCAAUUAAAUUUGCUGUAAACAAAUCAUAUUUAAAUCAUGAGAGAAGAGACAUAUCCCUUGAAGGAGGAGAAAACCUGAUACAAAAAGAAAAAGAAAACAUUUUUAACUCGCAUGUAUUCAUGGAAGAGAGUGAUCCAUUUAGAAUGAUCGAUAUAGUAUAUCCAAUAAAAGAAUAUCUAUUUGCCAUUGUGGCGAAAUCAGGCACCUGUCAAAAUAAUGAAAUGUAAGAAAUUGAAAAUUUUCCACCUGUUGGACAUUUUGCUUUGGGGGGCAAGGCUGUUCACCACCUUUUAUAUCCAUUUAAAUUCAAAAACUAAUUUCUGUUUUAGUUUAAUUAAAAAUGAUGAUUAAAGGAACAAAAAUAUAAAUUGCAGUUUCCAAGCACAGUAAAUUUUUAGAAGUCGCUAAACUUUGGUAGUCAUUUUCUUGCUAAUUUUACCUGACACAAGGCGAAACAGUUUAAAGAUCCUAUUGACUUCACCUGCCCAAAAACUGAUGAGCCCUGCCCAAAAACUGAUGAGCACCUUGUUCCCAUGUGUUAUCACAGUAAUGGCUAGUUUCAAAGGUUUAUGACCCAAACAAGCAGGUUCCGCUUAAAGAGUGCAAGUUUGCACUGUAAAUUGGCAAGACAUUCACUUGAAGUGAUGUGUUGGCAUUUUGGCUAGGUUUAGUAGGUCAUGUGAUACUUUGGGUGAAUUUUAUGAGAAAAAACGACACAAGUUAUAUUUUUGAGAACAAAUGUCUUCGUAUUAUUUGUACUGUGGCACUUUUGAGCUUUGGAUCAGAUUAGAUUGUGGGAUAGCAUAAACAUGGUUAAAACCAGUUUCAAGUCUUUCCCUACAGAAAGGCAUUCUUCUUUAAAACGUGAUCUGUUUUAUAGGUUCUCAAGGUGUUUGAAAAAACAACAAAAUACCCCAGCUAUAACUUUGACAAAUAUUCACCAAACUUGAAGUUUGACCCCUAAAAUUAUUGCAAACUGAACACACAGCAUGACAACAUAAACAUGAAAUAUGUGAAUGUAGAAUGUGCAUAAAAUGGAUUAUAGUUAUGCAGAUUGAAAAUUGGAACAAGUGAGUAGUGAGAACGUCAUAUGGAGUGUCGCUGUGUAUGAGGGGGUCUUUCGGUUUACCACUUGUAGUGAAGAACUGGAGGGAAAGGGGCAAGUAUGAGGACUGUGUUUGGUGGCUGCAAGUCUUGCCAGCUAUUGAAUUUGAGUAAAUGGUCUCAUCUCCAUACUGAGGGAGACCAGCACCGCUGCCAGUCAGACAUUAGAGGUACCAUCUUGCAUAAAAUAUGGUAUUGGAUAACCAAAUUUGUUCUUACUGUGUACAUCUAAAAAAAGAAUGCUGAUAGUUGCCCUCUUGUGUGGAAGUUUAUUUUUUCCUAUAUUGCACAUACAAAAAGGCUUGCAACUCUACUUUUGUUGUACUGCAUUUGCUAUUAAUGGUGUACAAUCUAGGAAAGGUUAGAAUAACUCGUGGCCUUGUUUUUACUGUUUAAGAGUAUUUGUUACCAGUACUGGUUAGGUGUGGCCUUGUUCUUGACAAAUAUAUUUUCAGGGGUGUUAUCAAAGGUACUAGAAAAGUUUUCUAUGUGGCUGUGUUCAGUUUCUUAAAUGAGUUUCCAGUUAAAUGGUUUGAAGGCCAAAUCUUGACACCUUUAGGUUUUUUUUUGGGGGGGGGGGGGUGUUGGUCUUUUCUGUAUGACAUGUUUGAACCCCAUGACUGUCCUGUCAAGUUUGAGGUUUAACACCGUGAGCUUAUUGCCAAAGCGUUGGGAAGAGACCAGGUUUGGGAGGGAGGUCUAAAUGUUAGUAUGUUGUCUCCUUCGAUGUUUCAACGCUGUCAGUUUUUGCGAAAUAGUGUCUGAUUCUAUCAGGGACCAUGUGUUUAGAUAUUUUAUGUUUACUCAAUUUUGUUGCUCUAAGUCAUAUUUUGAUUUACUAUUAGCUGUUUUAUGAUUGAUUUUUUUUUUGUCUCAUAGAGGUUACUUUUCAUUCUUCAUGGUUUGGGGGUUUUUUUUGUCGGGGAUAGGGAGGGCUCAUGUUCUGUGGGACCAAAUCAUAUUUUAGAUGUAUUUCAGCGCAUGAGCAAGUUGUAUGCGCUGUGGACUGUGUUGUAAAGGCAGUGGCUACAUUCAGAGGAUUGUGUGGGGUGUAGAACCUGUGUUUUUGCCAGUGUUGUGAGGGUUGAAUUGACCUCUGGUUUCUCAAGUGCAUUGCUUAUUCUGUGUGGCUUUUUUGGGGGUUUUUUUUUUUCGGGGUUUGUUUGAAAUGCAUUGCUGCCUAGAUUGGUCUGAGCUUAACUGUGAUGAUGUGUUCCGGGGGUUGAAGCGAUUGCUUUGAUUUCAAGGUGUCAUGUUUGCUUUAUGAAUUUUACAUUUUGUGUUAGUCUUUGACUUGGAUGAAGAAUGGCUUUGUAAUCGGUCCCAUAUUCGGGCAUGCACUGACAUAUUUGAGAAUAAAUGUUUGCCUGAAGUGGUUGAUUGGUUGUGCAUAGCUUUGGGAGUGGGGGAACUUGGUUUUGUUCAGUGUUUGAGUUCGAGCUGGGACAUUAGAAUAUUACUCUUCUAACUGUGCUUGGUGGAGCUGCUCUGAAAUCUUUUUUUUGUAAUGCGUCCAAAAGGAAUGGGUUUAUUAACAAGUUUAUUUUAUUAAAUCAACAAUGGAUUGGGAAACACUAAAUUUAGUUUGUUUAUGUAUAGGCAAUUGCUUCUAUGGGUUUGGUUUUGUACAUGGCUUGGUUUGACAUUUUAUCUCAUGAAGUCCCAAAUUGUAUUGAUGGAACUCCCCAACAGAAGAACCUAAAGUGGCUAAAUAAGCUAACGUAGCAAAAGUAACAGAACUCAACAUAAAAUGGUUAACUCAUGUGUGCAUUUUUUUUUUGGGUGUGCGUUGGUCCAGUAGGUUUGCGUAUUACUUUUGUUUUGCCAUUCGUGGUCUUUCUGAUUCUCUGUGCCCAUUAUGGCGCCCCCACCCCUCCCCAAACCACCGCCACCACCACCACCCCAAACACGCACACGCGCACACACACACACACACACACACACACACACACACACACACACACACACACAUUCUUUCUCGCCUCCUACCGCUACUUUAGUGUACAAGUGAGAGAGGCUGUUGAGGCCUCCCCUUAGUGUUCAGUGGUUUCGCCUGUAUGAGGAAUGUACAUAUUAUAUGGGAGAAUAAACCUGAAAAGAAGGAAAUAAGAUCAAAGCCUGCUUCACAUCCUGCUUUACACGAAAUAGAGAGAGCGUUUAUAUUUUCGUACCAUGGUGUAAAUAUUCAUGUUUCAUUGCUACCAGAUGAGACCCGUUUAAUUUAAUCUUGUUUAUUGCAUCUGACUGCCUGACCCAGUCCCCCUGAAUGAGUGUGCUAGUGUAGUAAUCCUGGCACGUGCGAACACGGCCUGUGGUUUACACACAAUGAACAGCGUGGUGAUUCAUUAGAAUGAAGUGAAGUAACAAAAAAGAUAUAUCUAUAUAUAUAAAAAAAAAGUCAAGAUAUCAGGUGUGAUGUGUCUUGUGAUAGCUUUUCUUCCUCACAAUUUUUUUUUUGCUGGACAUAGUUUGAAUUGCCUUGUUUCCUCAAAGGUAAUUAUUGUUGUCUUUGGGUCUUUUUUUUUCUUCUGAGUUGACUUUUGAUGCAUAAUUAUUGAAGUUGUUAAUUUGAUGAUGAUAAUUAUAAAAGGGAUUGAUAAUUUGUAUAACCAUGAAGUUUCUAUUUGCCAUGAUUGUGGACUUUGAUUUGCAGUGUGGCAAUGCUGUUGUAUAGAUUUCUUCUCAGAUGUUUUCCUUUUUUUUUUUACCGUGUGUACAUUACUGUUACAAAAUUUGUUGAACCAGUGUUUUUCCCCUCAAGGUUAUAUUUUUGUCUUCUCUUCUUACUCUCUUUCUUCUUCACUUUCCCCCUUUUCCAUGAUUGUUGAACAUUUUUCAUGUAAAUAGUCUACAGUAAUUUUUGUAUUCUUACUUACUUUCAGAAUGGCUACUCAAAUGUCCAUUUCGUGAACAUGAACUUGUCAUUUUAAUUAUGACGUGGAGAGGGUGGUUAUGUUGUAACCACAUGGUCACCCUCUCUUCCGGUAUUGGUCUUUGCUCAUUUUUGGGGAAAUGAGUAAGCCUAUUUGUAGUUACCAUUUGUAGCCCUUUUCUCAAGUUGCAGUCAUUUGACUUGCUUCGUCAAAGUGUACAGAAAUGGAGUUUAGACAGGAAAGGACUGACGUGUUGAAAUAAAUGUCUAAAGAUUUCUAGGAUUUGCUGUUGUUUUGUGUUUGAUUGCUUUUCCCCACCCCCCCUUUUGGGAGUGACAGCAUGAAAUGAUGUAGUAUGUUCCCAAAACCCAAACCCUGGACUCAAGUGUGUGCGUGUGCAAGCAAAUGUGAGUGUGUGUUAUGGGAAACCUUGAAGUGUAGAAUGUCUGAUGUUGUCAGGCGUUCCCCAGAAUUCUCUGGUACGUCUUGUUUUCUUCAUGAUAGCCUUAUUUCAUCUCUACGCGUGAGCAUCAUUAGUUAUCACACACCCAGUAAGCUUGGACAGCACAGAUGACGUAAACUAGUCUCCAGUGUAUAUAUGAGUUCAAAGGUCAUUGUGGUUGCUCACACUGCUUGGAUGCUUUUUUUUUUUUUUUUUUUGGACAUUUGUUUUGUCGAGGUUUUGUGUUCUGUCGUCUUCUUUGGUCAUUUCAAAAUAGUAAAAGAAAGGUGUACUUUGUUAGCCUGGUUUGCACAUUUUCCUGUCUAUAAUCUUUCAGUCUGCCUUUUUCGUUUUUGUUCUUGUUAUGGUCUGGUGACAAUUUCCUAAUGUAGCUGUCAGGUUGAUGAUAGGAAUAAAAAAAGAAUUCCUUUUAGUCAUUCUAUGCUGUUAUUAGGAGUGAGUUUGUUUUGCUUCCUGCUUUUGGAAGGAAAGUUUCAGUGUCCUCUUUUUGCAGAAGGGUUGUAACAUUAUUGUAUUGCCAGCUCCCAUAGGUUCAGAAGAAUAAUCUAGGUGUGUGUGUGGAGCACAACCAAAUGCAAUUCUUGAUUCAUAUUUUGACCCUGUUUAGAAUAUGAAAGAACAUUUCCAGCAGGUUAUGGAGUGCUUUUUUUACUCUAUUGUUUUCGAAUGGCAACAAAAACACAUCGAACUGUUUCUUAUUUGAAUAGGUAGAUUUAGGAAACCCUGUGUAGUGUAGAGAGAUGUGUUUCAAAGAGAAAAUCCCUCCCCUGUUACUAAAGACCAAGACUAUCUUUCUGCUUUGCUCAUGUUUUGUGCUCACUCAGGCAACAUGUUUCAACAUGUUUCUCAGUCCCUGUGGAUGAGGAUGAGUGAGUAACGUCCAGAGCUCUCAUCUUAUCUAUAUAUCUGGAAUCUAUAAAUGAUACUAUAAUCAAGUUUUUUAGACUUUUAACAGGACGUAGUAAUGUGUUGACUUAUUACGGAGUUGUUCGUGCUCUUCAAAGCUCCUACUUCUGUCCCUCUUUCUCUUUGUUUUAAAGUGCAUAAAAUUGGUCGUGCUUUUCAGUACAUUUUCCAUUUCUUUCUUUCUUUCCUUUCUUGUGAUUGAGCCUGUCCUGCCGCCCAGACACGUUCUUUCUAUCAUUUUCUUGUCUAGAAAUGAUACCUGAGUGAAAAGCGUUUGUGUCUGGGGGUUGUCUGUAAUGUAUACAUGUCCUUGUAGGCGUCUCGUAUACUCACUGGAACCAGAGACUUGAGUGUAGGCAGUUUACUCACUGAUUAGACUACUACAACUUGUGUGUUAACUUAGCAUGUGUUCAUUAUCUCAUCAUCUUGUCAUUAUUUACCACCACCACACUGUGGCCCCCAUGUCUGAGGCCAACAUGUCAUGUAGUUAUAAUAAUGUGGCAGUGUAUAUUGUAGCAUACUGUAAAUACCAGCCACCCCCUUCAUAAUUAUUGUUAUUCUCAUCUGCAUUCAUUGUCAUCAAUUUCAUUGAGUACUUUUGUUUACUUUCACUUGUGCACAUCUUUAGAAAUAACGAAAUAACUUUUAAAUAAUACAGAUCGUGGCCUGA